AUGGCUUCGAGUCGCAAAAAGAGAGUGGCCAAUCCUCCGACAGGAAAAGGCACAAAGACGAAGAAAACUGAACCAUCUCCACAAGCCCCUAGGUCACCGAACCCCUUUCCCACCAAAGCCCUCAUCAAGAUCUUCCGAAACCUCGAUGCCAUCACCGCCACCUCUUUCCGUCUAGUAUGCCACAAAUUUGAGGAUAUCUAUCUCACGCACCACGCGGAGAUAUUCAAACACCACAAGCUCCCACUCCGCCUCGAAACCCGCAUUCGGUAUGCCGACGACACGUCUCAAACCCUGAUGGCUUGCUUGAAGUCGUGGAUGCCAAAACAUCUCGUCUACGACGAUUUUGCUGAGAAAUUCGUCACGGUCGACAAUCUGGGCAAAACAUUUCUCCUGGAAAUCGAUGCGUUGGAUCUUGAGAAGAAGGCGAGGCGGGAGUGGCGCAAGACACUGAAUGAGGAGAAGCGAAAGCUCAUCGACGAGAAACGCGAGUUCAUGGAAGCCUUAGAUCUGAGUACCGACAAUAUGGACUUCAAGUGGGAAUUGCAAGCUCUGGGGGUUGAUAGUAUGGAUUUAGAGCCUGAGACUGAGAGCGAUAGUGAUGAGGAAGGCAUGCAGACGGCGUUUCCUCGCCGUGGAAUCAAUACUAUUGUGAAGGAGGAUAUCGAAUCCCAAGAGCCUAAGAAGCACCAACACUGUUUGGAGGCACGUGCUAAACAAACGAAGUGA